AUGUCUAACAUCGACAGCAGCACGCCACUGCUCACAAGCCUUGCGACACCGUCCUUGCCGUCAUCUCGCAGUCCGUCCCCAAUGCCGUUUCCUACUCGCAAGCGUGCAAUAUGGCCCCUGGUGCUUCUCUUGCUCCUAGUCCAGCUAUCCUCUGUUUUGUACACAUUACCACUCAAUCGAGUGAUAGAGUUGCGGCUGUGUAAAGAAUUUUAUCAAAAGCAUGAUGUGUCUGUCAUUCUACCAGAUGGCUCAAUACCGGAGCUGUUGUGCAAAAUUAAAGAUGUUCAGAGGAAGUUGGCAUGGUUACAAGGCAGUAUGGAGACGAUGAAUGUUAUUUUUGACUUCGUCGUGACCAUACCGUUCAGCUUCAUCGCGGAGAAGUGGGGCGUCAGUACUGUGCUAUGGUGCAACCUUGUCCCACGGAUUGUGAUGAGUGCAUGGGCCAUUGUUGUCGGAAAUUUUCCACGUCUUCUACCAACAGAAUCCAUCCUUACAGGCUCGAUCUUCAAUAUCCUAGGAGGCGAGUGCGUCUUCCAGUCAACAAUCUUUACACUAACUUCGGCUUUGACGAGCGAGUAUGUUCAGCGAGCAUCCUACUUCUCCUACAUCAGUUCAACAUCAUACAUCGUCUCCUUCAUGGGCCCAACCCUAGCCGCAUUCAUCAUGAGCAAGAACCUCUGGCUGCCCUUCUGGCUCAACAUCGGCCUCCUCCUCUGCGCAAUACCAACGAUUAGCUUAUUGCCCAACACCACGUCAUCUCCACACAAGAUCACCAGCUCCGAAUCACCAAGCGAUAACGAAACCGAGGAAUCCGGACCCCUCCUCGACAACACCGACUCCAUCCCGACCCACUAUACCACCGCCUUCAACCCCUCACCCGGCAUCUACCGCACCAUCACCCAGACCAUCUUUCAACUCCUCCACCUAGUCCUCGGCCGCCGCAACUUCCAAAUCCUACUAACAACCCUCUUCUUCACCGCCCUAGCAAGUUCCGACACAAAACUCCUCGUCCAAUACAUUUCCAAACGCUACAACUGGACGUUCGCACAAGCGGGCUACCUCCUCUCAGCCAAAGCGCUCGUAAACCUUACGUUGCUUGUUGUAGUCGUCCCCCGACUUAUCCGCACGUCGAUAUCGGCGAAAGCUGUUCGGGGCGAUGACGUUAGGUUGAAUGUGUUGGGGGCGAGGGUAAGUAUUGCGGUGUCAGUGCUGGGUGUGCUUUGUAUAGCUGUGGCGGGGAAGUUUUGGAUGUUGCUUACUGCGCUCAUUAUUUAUGCCUUGGGUUCUGCUCUGCCUGUGUUCACCAUGUCGCUGGUUAAGUCGCCGCUUGUCGCACUGGAGCAUUCUGAUGCGCAGGACUUUAGUAUCGUCAUGUUGACUAAAACACUUGGAUCUUUGGUUGGCGCGCCACUGAUGACGGUUCUGUGGGUUAAGGCUAUUGAGUGGGGAGGUGCGGGAUUGGGGUUUCCGUAUGUGGUAUCUUGUGUAAGUGAACAUUCCCUAUAUCAGGGCGCAUACUAA